GUCGGCCGCGGCGCGCAGGGCAGACAGACUCUCGUGAGCGCGCUGCCCGCGACAGGUCUCUGGAAGUGCAAGGAGGGCGCAGGAAAAACGCUGCUGGAGCGGGGAGCGAUGGCGCUGAGCAGGAAAGAAGGGACAAGUUUGAUACUGUAAAGAAAGGCUGGAGCAUUGUGUGUGGCCAUAUUUCGGCGCCCAACACGAUGAAGCAAGCAGGAGAUACCCUCACUGUGACUGUGUAGCUACCACAAUAGCUCUGAAGAAGCCUCCCCCGGACCCAUGGCACCGCUUUUGUGAAGUUAAGGGAGAAUAGUUUCACCAACAAACCGCUUCAGUGUCUCCAAACCUUCUCUAACAGGGCUGCAGUCACUAGAAACCCAAAAUGAUCAAAGCGGAAAGCAAAGGAGGCGAGAGGACCCUGAGGAGCGCGUCCCCUCACAGAAAUGCAUACAAGUCUGACUUCCACGCCAUUAAGUGCUCCUUUGAUGGGUCAAAACCCGAAGGUGAUGCCAAAUCAUAUGCAAAUGGAUCCAGUGACAACCGGGAGGACUCAAGGGGGAGGCCUUUUGGGACCCGAGUGAACAAGAUUAAGAACAUAUUCCUGCAGAUGGAUGGUCAACAGCAGGAGUGCCAAGAGGGUAAAGUGACUUUAAAGCCUGAUGUGUUACCGGUAUCCCCACCGAAGGUGCAAAUGCCAGUCAACACUCCCAGAGUUAACCUCAACAAUGCCACAAGCCCAGAAACACUCAGUUUAGAUAAAACACCCAAGGGGGAAGAUGUUGAGAUUGACAAAGUGGCUUUGGCAGAGAAGUUUUCUGUGACCAGGAAACUCUUUGAAAGGGGAAUGAAAGAGCAGCCUGCGGCUGAAAAACAGUCACCAAACAGAGUAGUAAAUCGUUUGUCCCUCGGAAGUGCCUCUGAUGAGGGGAAAAGUGCAAGGAGAGUAUCAGGAUCCUCUGAGACCCCUAUCAAAUCAGAUCAAACGCCUACAUCGACAGUUAAAUGUCAACCGGAUGAGAAGGCUGAUAUUGAGAAAAAACAUGCGUCUAAAGUGUCAUUGAAUGCAGGACCCAUGUCCAAAAGGUUGGAGAAUUAUGCGGCAGAGAAUGACUCCGAAGACAACAACAACACAGAUUCUGCAAAGGGAGGAAUGGCGUCUGCUAAACAACACAGUGCCCCUGAACAAAUGUUUUUUUCUCCAACAAAGGACGACUUACACAAAUCUACUUCUCCCGUUAAAGAAGGCACUAACUUUACACCUGUGACUGAUGCCACUAACAAAAACACAUCCCAGACGGCUGGUGUCAUUAACAGACCAACGUCUAGUGUUAAACCAACAACCCCAGUUACAAAUGCAGCAUACAAAACCAGUUCCCCAACAACUGAUGUCACUCACAAACCAGAAAAAUCAAGCCCAGUCAGUCUUGGCUACAAACACUCAUCAUCAUCAUCAUCGGGUGAUGGAUUUAGCAGGACAUCUGUUGGUGGGGAUGAAGGCAAGCGACAUAGUCCGCCCCCUAGGGAUGCGAAGCAGCCUCUUCCAUCAGCUGGUGGGUUUCAGAACACCAACAGGGCUAAAUCCCCUGAAAAAGCCAGGAGUCCUACAACGGACAAGCCAUCCAGCCAGACCUCAUCACUGGACUCCAGGGGGGUGGGGGUGGUAAGGGCAGAACUGGUAGUGGUUCAGAAUGAGUCGUCAGAGAGCGAUGAGAAUGAGGAUGGGAACAUUGAAGAUAAUGUGUUUGAGGAACAGAAGGUGCAAAGCCCCAAAGACGACCUAAUAUCAAACCUGAAAAGUAACACUGCUCAUCAUGUCUUGGCAAGAGAUGUCUCAAAAGACACACAAAGGAUAGAAGAGACUGUGGGUGAAGGUAGAGUCCUGGAGGACAAUGAGGAGAGACAGGAAGACAUUUCACUUGAGGACCAAGAUGGUGACGAUUAUCGGGAGGAAGAUGAUGAGGUUGCAGAGGAGGAGAGUGAGCUGGAGGAGCAGGUGGGCCCGAUCAUCCUGGAUAGAGCCUCACCAGUCGUUUACGGAAUUGAGAAUGCAGCAUUUGUGGAUGACAGAGAUGUAGAUCAGGUCCUAAGAGAAGAGGAGGAGGAGGAGGAGGAAGAUGAAGAAUAUGAAGAGGAGGAAGAUCGAAUGUAUAGGGAUUAUGAAGAAUGUUACGAGACCACGGGCCUGUCGGAUGAGGAGGAGCCUCUACCAAAGAGGAAAAUCAAGUUCUCCACAGACCCCAUUCAGGUCUUCAGUACCUUCUCCAAUGAGGAAUAUGAUCGGCGGAAUGAUGACGUGGAUCCAGUCGCAGCCUCUGCAGAGUACGAGCUGGAAAAGAGAGUGGAAAAGAUGGAUGUGUUCCCUGUGGAAAUUGAAAAAGGAGACAAUGGACUUGGCAUCAGUAUCAUCGGAAUGGGAGUGGGAGCUGACCAGGGUCUGGAGAAGCUGGGCAUUUUUGUGAAAACCAUAACUGAGGGAGGAGCAGCUGAGAACGACGGACGCAUACAGGUGAAUGACCAGAUAGUGGAGGUGGAUGGUAUCAGUCUUGUGGGCGUCACCCAACUGUUUGCUGCGACAGUCCUGAAGAACACCAAAGGCUCAGUGAGGUUCUUGAUUGGACGGGAGAAGCCAGGGACCCAAAGCGAGGUAGCCCGCCUCAUAAGCGAGACAUUAGAGCAGGAGAAGAACCAGCAAGAACAGCAACAACACCUGGAUGACCCCUACGAACCCUCUACAGAAGAGGAGGAGCGCUAUGAGGAGGACGACGGGGUGGAUGAGAGGAUUUUGUGCUCCAAUUUCUCUCCGGGGCCGAACGCAGAUCUGUUUGAGCUGCCUGACACAGAGGCUCUGUUUAUGCCGACCAACAUGGACAGCUCUCAGAUGGUCUUCAAGUUCAAAGAGCUGCAGCGCAAACACAGCACUGCUGCAGCAGAAAUAAAUCAACUAAAGGAAAAGCUAAGGGCAUCGGAGGAGGAUAGAUCAUUGUGGGAAGCAAGGGAGUCUGCACUGGAGCAAAAGAUGGAGGAUAGCGACGACAAAAUCCUGAAGUUGGAGAGUUACUGGCUGGAAGCCCAGGGUCUGUGUAAGACUGUGAAUGAGCAAUUAGCUGAGGCUCAGGCCCAGCAAGAGACCCUGGACAAGAAGUACAACAAGGCCAAGAAACUGCUCAAGGACUACCAGCAGAAAGAGAUAGACUUUGUGAAGAAAGAGGAGGAGCUGAAGAAAAUCCUAGAUGAAAAAGACAAGUGGUAUAAGGAGCAGCUGGAGAGCUUGCAGAACAGGAUAGCUGUCCUGGAGUCCAGAGGGGCCUCAGACGAGGAGCGUCAUGGUGGUCAGGACUCAGUAUCAGAUGAGAGAGUAAUCGGCCAAGACCCAGACGCCAACACGCAAUCUGUUGACUCACUACUCGAACAAGACUGGACUGAGUUGGUGCCUGAGACUGAGCGCUUGGACACCAGUGCACACAGAGCAAAAGGCCUGCUGGCUCAGAAGGCCAAACGUCAGCCUCCGUCUCGGAACAAACUGAAGGAGAGCCUCGCGGUGGCUUCAAGUCCCUCUCAGGAAACCGAAGAAGAUGAGGAGCAGAUAUCUCCCAGGAGGAGGAGGUCCAUUCAAGAGAGCCUGUUCCUUCCAGUGCCUGUCUGCUAUCCUGGGAAUGGACAAAAAGAGGAUCCAGGAGAGACUAAGGAUGGAUCCAGGAGUAAGGCAGAGCUCUCCAGCAGCCCGUCUUUGUCACCAUCACAAGGAGACAGUAUUGAAAGCAGCGGAAGUCCUCCUUUAUCCUCUCCAAAAGACACCUUGUCACCACAUUCCCCCUCUGGAUUCCUGCGGAAUGUCAAGAAGAGGGAGUCAAAAGGAAAGAGCAAAGAGGAUCUAAAUGAGCCCUCAUCAGCAGGAAAACCUAAAAGACGAUUUCCAGACUUUGGAGGUCUUCGGAAGUCAGGUGGCAAAGGAAAGAAACAUGACAAGGAGGCUAUGAGAGCGUCUUUGGACAGCAGGGGAUCCGCAGAGUUACUGGAGGAGUCUGGAGGGAACCUGUCUCCUGCAGAUUCAAUGACCUCCAUUCCCACCUGUAUGCCUUUCUCCUGGUUUGGAGACAAAGAGAGGGACAGAGACAGAGAGCCUUCUUCUUCCAGCAGCAGUCUGCCGUACGCUGCAACUGAGACCAGCAGUGAGCAAAGCCAGGACCGCAAGAAUAAGACAAAUCUCUCCUGGUCCUCUUUAUUCAGUCGCUCAUUAGAUUUGAGUUUUUCAGUCAUAGAUGAUUCUAACCCUGCCAACCCCAGUUCAGACCUCUCUGGGUUAGUUGCUGAACCCAAUCUGUCUGGGCGCUCACACACUUUAAUCUUCUCUUCCAGCGAGACUUUGGAUGAUGAGCCAGUAGCCACAGGGAAAGAGUACCAUUGGCAGAACCGGCCGGUCUCUGAAUGGACCAAUCAACAGGUCUGUCACUGGUUGAUGGGCAUGAACAUGGACCAAUACACGCCUGAGUUCACAGCUAAGGGAGUGGACGGCCAGCAGCUCUUGAACUUGGACAGUGAAAGGUUGAAGGCACUCGGUGUGUCAAGUCAGAGCGACCGUUCAACCAUCAAGAAGAAGCUGAAGGACAUGCGUAAGGCCCAGGAGAAGCUGGAGAAACAGAAAGAGAAGAGAGAGAAGGAGGUCCGGCGCAGUGGGAAACCGCCUCUCAGUACCGACUCCGUCUGCUGAGGUAGCAGCUCUCGUCUACAAAUUCAUGAAUCCCAUAAACUUCCUCACUCCCAGGCCUCUGAGCACCCCUAUUUUUUUACACUUUUGGUGCCAUGAAGUGACGUUCAUGUGUUAACACCAACAACCACAGAAAUGACUGCCAGGCGUGCCAAUCGAUGUGCCAGUUGUGAUUUACGCCCAUCAGUAGCUCCUGAUUCUUCUCUCAUCACUGAUUCUCUGGAAUGUUUUAACAAACUUCAGCUCAAACCAUUUUAAAUGAAAGAUGGGGAAUGUAAAAAAAGAAAUGUUGGGUAUGGGACCAAAAUGGAAUCCUAACAUUUUUUUUACCACUAAAAGCUCAAAGCUAUAAUUAUAAAAACAAAAAGUCUGUUUUCAGAAUGAAAUAAUCUAAUGUAGUUGUUGUGGAUCAUGCAAACAUUUACCUAUGGAAGUCAAAUGUAUUCUGCUUUUCCAGCAUUUUAUAUUUUUGCUAGUAUAACUUGCCUGUUUCCAUGUACACGAACUCUUCUGCAGGAACUGUUGUUGUACAAUUCAGAUAAAAGCACUAUAUUUGUCUUUUAAGCUUCAAGGGGCGACAAGGUUUUAAAUGUAUAAAUACGUUUUAUACAUGUGCUUAUUAACUGCAUAUCUUUUUUUUUUCUUUUUUUUACUUAAAUACCAUUGUUCAUUUUAUACUGUAUACAUUUUUCUACUAAGUAGAAUAGCUAGGCCGUGUUUUUUUUUCUUGGGGGGUUUUUUUCUUCCCUGAAUGAAAAGCAGCAAACAAAUCAAGUAGUGACGAAGUGAAUGCUGCUUCUGCUCUCCCUGACUCUGGCUGUGUGUCGCUGAGGUGGUACCGUGAGGCUCCAUGUAAAUACACACAGCAAGCAGGUCUGCUACACGUGCACCUCACUGCCGGUCCAUCAGACGGUCAGAGAGCCUACGACAAGGACUUGUGUGAGUCGGGAGCACAGCGUCGCGUAUGAAUGUGAGGCUGAGCAACGGGUUGUUCACAGCCAAACCCAAGUGCUUCCUUUUACGUCUUCUAGCGCAUUACACCAUGUUCUGUAUGCCAAACAUGUUGGACUGCAAGAAAAUCGUGG